UCAUCAAUUACUCUUUUGCACAAUCCAGAACCCAUAAUUAUAUUUCACGAUCAAUAUUUUAUUUUUACACUUUUGUGCUUUUUUGCCCCGUGUUGUGUUUGUUUUUUUUUCGGUAUUUCAAUAACUCUUUCUAAAAUAUGGCAUGAUUGAGGAUUUAGACUAAAUUGUUUGUUUGGUAUUCCAGCUGAAGUAAAGAUGCCAAGCGGCCAUAUCGACCAACCAGUCAUCGAAGACAACAGAGAUGGAACAGUCAGUAUCAAAUACGAUCCUAGAGAAGAAGGUGUUCACGAACUUUAUGUGAAAUACAAUGGAGAACAUGUUCAAGGGUCACCGUAUAAGUUUCACGUUGAUUCCAUUUCCUCGGGUUACGUGACGGCGUACGGCCCUGGACUGAUCAGUGGAGUCAGUGGGGAACCCAGUCAGUUCACCAUCAGUACCAAGGGCGCUGGUGCUGGUGGGCUGUCUAUGGCUGUCGAAGGUCCCAGCAAAGCUGAGAUCACAUGCCAUGACAACAAAGACGGUACAGUCGCAGUAUCUUAUCUACCAACUGCUCCUGGCGAGUAUAAAAUCUCUGUGAGGUUCGGAGACAAACACAUUAAAGGUUCUCCAUUUGUCGCUAAGGUUACGGGUGAAGGUCGUAAGAGGAACCAAAUAUCCGUAGGUAGCUGUAGUGAAGUCACUCUUCCUGGAAAGGUCAAUGAUAGCGAUCUUCGCAGCCUCAAUGCUUCAAUCCAGGCUCCCUCUGGUCUUGAAGAACCUUGUUUCUUAAAACGUCUGCCUUCUGGUAACAUUGGAAUCAGCUUCACCCCACGCGAGGCUGGCCAGCACAUUGUUUCCGUCAAGAAGAUGGGCGUCCACAUUCAAAAUUCUCCCUUUAAUAUUACCGUCCAAGAACAGGAGGUGGGAGACGCUAAGAAGGUCAAGGUCUCCGGAACAGCCUUGAAAGAAGGCAAAACUCAAGGCGAGAACACCUUUACUGUCGACACAAGAAAUGCUGGUUACGGUGGUCUUUCACUUUCCAUUGAAGGUCCCAGCAAGGCUGAGAUUCAAUGCGCUGACAGCAAAGACGGUGUACUGGCGAUCAGCUACAAGCCAACGGAACCUGGCUACUACAUCGUGAACCUAAAGUUUGCUGACCACCAUGUUGAAGGAUCUCCAUUCACGGUUAAGGUGACGGGCGAGGGCAGCAACCGCCAGCGCGAGAAGAUCCAGCGCCAUCGCGACCCCGCGCCGCUCACCGAGGUCGGCACCAACUGCAAGCUCACCUUCAAGAUGCCGGGUAUUACAUCCUUCGACCUGGCGGCGACCGUCACCAGUCCUGGAGGCGUGUCUGAAGAUGCUGAGAUCCAGGAGGUAGAAGACGGUCUCUACUCCGUCCACUUCGUCCCCAAGGAGUUGGGUGUCCACACUGUCUCCGUCAAGUACAGGGAGAUCCAUAUUCCUGGAUCUCCUUUCCAGUUCACAGUCGGUCCACUCAGGGAUUCCGGGGCCCAUUUAGUGAAGGCUGGUGGUACUGGCCUCGAGAGGGGAGAAGCUGGCCGAUUCAACGAGUUCAAUGUAUGGACCAGGGAGGCUGGAGCUGGACAACUCGCCAUUUCUUUAGAAGGUCCCAGCAAAGCCGAGAUCGACUUCAAAGACAGAAGAGAUGGAUCGUGCGACGUGUCUUACAAGGUUGAUGAGCCAGGUGAAUACCGCAUCGGUCUCAAGUUCAACGAGCAGCACAUCCCGGAUUCCCCCUUCAAGGUGUACAUUUCCCCAGCGGUGGGCGACGCCCAUCUCCUUGAAGUCGCACAAUUCCCAGACUCCGCUCAAGUUGACAAGCCCACGCAGUUCUACAUCAGGCUGAAUGGUGCCAAGGGCAGCUUAAACGGCACGAUCAACUCCCCAUCGGGCAAGACCGAUGACUGCUUCAUCCAGAACAUCGAUGGGGACCAGUACAGCAUCAGGUUUAUGCCUAGAGAGAACGGCGUCCACAACAUCAACGUCAAGUUCAACGGAGUUCACAUCCCGUCGUCUCCUCUUAGGAUCAAGGUCGGUAAAGAUGAUGCCGAUCCCGCCGCAGUUCACGCACAUGGACCAGGUCUAGGAACUGUUAAGACAGGCGCUAAAACUGACCUGAUAAUUGACACCUGCAAUGCUGGAGCUGGUAUCCUGGCGGUCACCAUGGACGGACCCUCCAGAGUUGCCAUGGACUGUACUGAGGUUGAAGAAGGCUACAAGGUACGAUACACGCCUCUGGCUCCCGGCUUCUACUACAUGAGCAUUAAGUACAACGGACAUCACAUCGUCGGCUCACCUUUCAAAAUUGAAGCGACGGGCGAAAACUUGGCUGAGAUCGGUGCCCAGGAGACCUCAUCGGUCACAGUGGAAACGGUUCAGAAGGUAGCGAAGAGUGCUCAGAAGCAAGGUCCCGUACUGCCGCACUUCAAGUCUGACGCCACGAAGGUCACCAGCAAGGGCAUGGGUCUGAAGAAGGCAUAUUUGAACAAGCACAACCAAUUUACGGUGCACGCUGGCGAUGCUGGUAACAACAUCUUAUACGUCGGCAUCUACGGACCCAAAGGACCUUGCGAUGAAGUCCAGCUGAAGCACAAGGGCAAGAAUAACUAUGAGUGCUGGUACGUCGUCAGGGACAGGGGAGAGUAUAUCGUCAUCGUCAAGUGGGGAGACGACCACAUCCCCGGAUCACCCUACAAGGUCGAAGUCUAAAACAACUGUAUUUGCGUAUGUAGCAUCAUCUGCAUCAUUUAUUACAGUAACUAUAUCUCGUGUAUUUUCAAAAUUAUGUUUAUUUGUAUUUGUUUUAAUUAUAUUGUCUAAAUUUAGACUAUUGUGAUCUACAUACACUGCUUUCUGAUUUGUAAUUAAGAUUUCCAUUUUGUUGUUGGAUUGUCUGAUUUCGGAAUUGAUCUCUGCUCGAUCUGAAAUACUACAAACUACAGAUUUGUGUUGUUCAUGUUUUUCUAUUCCCACAUCGUUAUCGUGUAUUUUAUACAAAUAUAAUUUUUUCUUAAUUAGCAUAUAUAUAUUUAUUUCGAUAUCAAAGUUCUAGUCGACUCGUGCCAAUGUUUCAUUUAAAUUUAUAUGAUUCUCGUUUAGUUUUUAGGGCGACUAAAUGACAAUACAUAUAAAGUAUUAUUUAAAAAUAUUCCCUUUUAUCUUUUAAGAUGAAAGAUGUAAUUUAUAGAACGUUAGAUUUAAGCGAAUCAGUCGUUUCUACUUUCUUUUUCUUUAUAUACCUUCUCUCGAACUUUUUCUUUUAAAAAGUGUGUUGGAGGGUUAAUAAUUCGCUUUUAUUCUUUGGAUUAAGGCUGAUCAUGGAUAUAAGAUUUUUCUUGUCCGUUUUUAAUAUUACUAACUUUACCGAAAAAAUCUUCUUCCAUCAUCCGCCUUUAUUAUAUAAAUUGCAUCUUAUUAUAUAUUUUGAUAAAUGAUAUUUUGCUUUCUAAUUUUGAAUGGUUUGUGCUGUAUGAAUUUUACCUACGUAGGUAGAAUGACCCCAUAUAUUGUAAAUACCUAUUUUAAGUACCUAUUCAAUAAUGUAUUUGCGACUGUUUACUAAAUAAAAACAAGGAAAGUUU